GAAGGGUUCGUUAACAGAAAGCAGAAGCCUGAACUUGAGAAAGGCAGAAAGGUUGAAGGGGACAAAGUGAAGGAAUUAGACUAAGAUGAAGCUGUUAUUUGCAAGUAUAACUCUGAGCCUGCUAGUGCUGGGAGGCGAAAGCUGGGGAUUCUCUUCAGAGAAGAAGGUGCAGUAUGCCUCCUGGGACGAAGUGAAUGUACUAGCUCAUGGGUUGCUGCAGCUAGGUCAUGGGCUCAAAGAACACGUGGACAAGACCAAGGGGCAGCUAAAAGAGAUCACUGGCAAGCUAGUACAGCAUAAUGUGUCUCUGGUGGAGCUAAGCAGGCAAGCCAGGGAGGUGCGAGAGAGUGGGGAAGCCCUGAAGGGCAGGUUGCAGCAGCUGGAGGAUAGGGACAAGCAGCUGUAUGAUGUGUCCCAGGGGCUGAAAGGAAAGGUGCAGGAGAUCAGUACGGACAGGCAGAUGCUGGACCACAGGCUGCAAAAUUUAGAAGCCAAGAUCCAGCUUCUGGAGCCAAGCAAAAGACAGAAUCGCAGUGAAAAGGAGGACCUGCUGAGUAUUCAGACUCUAAUGGAGAUUCAGAGCAAGAGGAUGGAUGAGCUUUUAGAGAAGAUUAAACUGCAGCAAUACAAACUGGAUAAACAAAACCUGCAGAUUAAAAGCUUGCAAAAUACAAUUCAGAAUAACAGACUUGAAACCCAGACAUGGAGGAGGAUGAAUCUCAAAAAACCUGUUGAAGAUGAAGCUCAGAGUAACAGUAGCAUGGAAGAUGGACAACAUGUGUUCCCUUCUGACUGCCACCAAAUCUUCCUGGAAGGAGAAAAGUCCAGCGGUAUCUACUCAAUACAGCCAUCUGGGGCUCAGCCUUUUGAAGCCUACUGUGAAAUGACAUCAGAUGCAGGGUGGACUGUUAUACAGAGACGUACCGAUGGCUCUGUUGAUUUUGAUCAGCUCUGGGAAGCCUACACAGAUGGUUUUGGAAACCUUAAUGGUGAGUUCUGGCUGGGACUAGAAAAGAUGCACCAGAUUUCUCAGCAGGGAGAGUAUCUCCUUCACAUUGAUCUACAGGACUGGGAGAAUAAUGUCCAGCACAUGGAAGCAAAGUUUCAACUGGCUGGUUCUAAUAAAGCUUAUGCUCUUCAGCUUCUUGGCCCAGUGACUGGGGAACUAGAAAAUGCUUUAGGUGACUUUGAACAAGUACCAUUCUCUACUCGUGACAGAGAUCAAGACAAAAAAUCCGAUUUCAACUGCGCCAAACACCUUUCAGGAGGAUGGUGGUUUAACUCAUGUGGCUAUUCUAACCUAAAUGGGAAAUAUUUCCUCUCAGUACCCAAAGCAAGACAUGAGAGGAAACAGGGGAUAUUCUGGAAGACCUGGAAGGGCCGAUACUACCCCCUGAAGUCUACCUCUAUCAAAAUCUGUCCUUUGGAUGUAGAUCUAUCGGUGUGAAUGCUGAUCUUCUGAAAGCAAACAAAACAAAAACUGUCUAAAACUGUUGAUCAUCACCAAUAGGGUGUUUGUAUUGCUGACAGUUGUCCACGGUUAUCACGUAGUGUGGAAUACUAUGAGCUGGUCAGCUGUAUACUUGUUGAAAGCUUUGAACAGCUAGUAACAUUAGACUAGUGAACAGUAGAAAGAUUAAAGUUACUGAGGGGCAGCACUUACGUUUUUAUUGUGCCCAGAGUACAAUUACAUUUUAUUUUUCAAAUUUUACUUUUGCUUUCUGUUUACAGUUUCUACAUCUAUUAUAUGCCAAAAUGUAUUGCUACAAGUUCUUAAUAGAGUUUUUUGUUUUUGUGGGAUCAAAAUGUAGACUGCAUGUGUGCUAUCCUACUGCACCCAACUUUGGCCUGAGAGAUACAUUUGUAAAUCAGGUAGUGAUUAGAAUGAUACAGAAUAUUGCACUAAUUAUAUUGUUUAUUGUUUAUUACACAUUAAAGGUGAUACUAUAAAUAGAAAAUGGAGGGUUCCAGAUAAAAUAAAAAUACUCUGCAAUAUACUGCAGAUAUGAGGGGGCAAUGCUCAUUCCAUUAUCUUCAACUGCAGACAGGUACAAUAGGUCAGGAGACUAUAGGUCAAUAAGCUGUCCAUCUUCUGUUAGGUGGCUAAACACUGAUGCAUAGAAAAUGCAAAAAAAAGUCUUUGCUUGUUAUAGUUGUUGAUUUGGGAGAUUUCUGGUAAAAAAACAAAUCUUUGCUAAAUUAGUUUAAUUUAAUUCAGUGUGUACAAAAUAAAGUUCUUGCAGGUUUAUGCAAAGAUACUACACUUAACAUCUUAUAGCCUGAAAAAAGGUUCAUAUAUUCCAGUCAUAUUGACUGAUUUACAACGAUGACCAAAAACGUUGAACAAUGUAAAUAUUUUGUGUUUUUUAUGCAAUCUGUUGAGAAAUGUGUCUGUAUAUUUAAAUAAUUGUAAUUUAUAAAAAAAAAAAGUAUUCAAAGUUUCAAUUUAACAUUUUUGUAUUGGUUCGUUUUUCUCUGGUUAUUGAAUAAACAUUCAAAAGCCCAGCUUUUUGAACAAGA